CUAAUUGUUCAUUGUGCUCUUUGCUGUCUUAGUUUGUUUCUGCUAAUGAUCUAUACACACUUGCAGCUAACAAUAUACUGUAUACCUUGGUGCAAGAAACUAAUAUGAACAGAGCCUGAUCAAAGAGUUUCAAAAAGGGUGCCAAAGAAACAAAACGGAAGCACCACAACAAAGGCAGAGAUUUGGAUUUCGGGGUGAAUUCAAAAGAAACAAGUGAAGAAACCAAAUCAAUAUUCCCCAAGAUAGCGAUCAUCAUUUAAUGUCUUAAGGUGAUUCUACAAGAAAGCUAUCACUUCUUUACAGUACACGAAUGGUAUACCAAAACCAUGAAUCUUGAGAAGCUAUUUGUGUUUCAUAAAUUCUUUUAAAUAUUUUCAUUUUCUCCAAAUCAUUCAAUUUUAGACGACAGAAUUGAACCAUACCAAUUCACAUGAGCAAAGAUUAACACGUAACUCUCUCUCUCUCUCUCUCUCUCUCAUGGCGUUCUAUAUCGAAGAAGAGGUGUGGAAAUGUCCAAAACACCCCUCAAAGCGUCGCAGAAACGGAGUGUGCCCCGUUUGCCUCAAGGACCGUCUCGUCAUUCUCUGCCCCGACUGCGCUAACGUGCGCCCCUGCUCUUGCGCCGCCGCCACUUCGGCUUCUUCAUCCUCCGACGGACAGCCGAACUUAUUACGACGGUCUGGAUCCGUCGGGAUCAACUUUCUCCGGUUCAGUUACGCUCGCUCUUUCUCCGGCCGGACGAACCCGACGGGGACCGGAAAGAGCAAGACGCCGUCGUUUUGGUCGAUCGUCUUGCGGUCGAGCAAGAGCAUGAGGGAACCUGCAGGAGUAUAGGGAAAACGGUUACCGGGACGAGAAAAUCGCGGAGUUCACGGGGCUAAUGAUGAGGUCGAGAUCAGGUUCCGGAAAUUGCGAACAGGGUGGACGGCGGCACUUUCCCGGCCAUAUGAAGAUUUCCCGGCAUUCCAACCAGGCGAAAGUGGUUCAAGCUAGAGCGUUACCCGUCGUGUAAUGUUUGACUACUGCUUUGGUUAUAGG